AUCAUCCCGUUAUGAAAGGCUAAAAGCCGAGCUAUUUAAUUAGGGUUAGGGUUUUAUCAGUGCAAGCCUCUCUGCGGUUUUCAUUUCCCCUUCGCAAGUAGCCAGCCGUUUCACAUACUCAAGAAGAGAGAGAGCUCGUAAAUCAUGGCGGAACAGACCGAAAAAGCUUUUUUGAAGCAACCCAAAGUGUUUUUGAGCUCGAAUAAAGGUGGGAAAGGGAAGAGGCCAGGAAAGGGUGGGAAUCGCUUCUGGAAAAGCAUUGGAUUGGGCUUCAAGACUCCCCGUGAAGCUAUUGAAGGAACCUACAUCGAUAAGAAAUGCCCCUUCACUGGCACUGUUUCAAUCCGGGGUCGUAUCUUAGCCGGUACUUGCCACAGUGCCAAGAUGGUCAGGACAAUCAUUGUUCGACGGAACUACCUUCAUUAUAUCAAGAAAUACCAAAGGUAUGAGAAGCGCCAUUCAAACAUCCCCGCACAUAUUUCACCAUGCUUCCGUGUGAAGGAAGGGGAUCAUGUCAUUAUUGGGCAAUGCAGGCCGUUGUCGAAGACCGUGAGGUUCAAUGUUUUGAAAGUGAUUCCAGCAGGAUCUUCCGGUGGUGGGAAGAAAGCUUUCACCGGAAUGUAAGCUUUUCUAUGGUAGUCCAUGGUUAUAGGAACCAAUAGAGAAGAUAAUCAAAGAAAUUAAGUUCUUAAACUGCAUUUAGCUUUGAGGAUAUUUUACUGUUAGAAUUGUUUUCUUUUUUUGGGUUAUUUUCUUGUUUUGAUUUUGUCGAAUUACGAAAUCCGGAAUUUUGAAGAUAUCUUUAUUUAAGUUUGGCUUUGGAA